AUGGGCGCGUGGACGUGCUUGGCGAUCGCCGACUCGGCGCACGCAGGCUCCAUGGGCCUCUACCGCGUCAACAGUAACGGCAACGUCGAGUGCCAGCGCCACUCGCUCGACGCCGACGAGAACCACUGCUACUGGAUCGCCAACGUAGCGUCCUACUGCGCCUGGUACAACGCCAACCCGACAGGGUUCUCGAUCGAGUGCACCGACUACAGCAGCCCGAGCAGCUACUGCUACAAGGUGCGACAGAUCCUCGCACCACCGUCACCGACGUCGGCACCGACGCCACCGCCAGCACCCGGACCCGCGCCAGGGCCCACACCCGGACCAACACCGGGGCCAACACCGGGGCCAGCACCAGGGCCCGCGCCAGGUCCUGCACCGGGACCUGCACCGGGACCUGCACCGGGACCUGCACCUGCGCCGGAUUCGACGCCCAGUCCGGCGUCGGCAUCGACGUUGCCGGCGACAAAUGAAGCCGGCGGGAAUCCUGCACCGACCAUGACACCGGCCGCUGGCGGCGCGACGACCAAGCAGCCUGCGCUUCACACGCCAGCACCGUCCAAGGACGCGCUUGUACCGCUUCUGCUUGCAACGAACGAGUGGAGUUGCUUGAAGAACGCCGACUCGAAGCAGUUUACGCCGGCGCGCAUUGACCCGGACGUCGGCCAGCUCGAGUGCUUGUCCGUAGCGACCGCGCCGUACGACACGUGUGCAUACAGCGCCGACGCCUCCACGUGCGCGCAGUGGCUCCAAAGUGUCCACAGCUGCUGGCUCAGCGAGUCCAAGACGGCCCUGCGCCAGGAUGCCACAUGCCCGCGGAUCAUUCUCGUGCCAGCAUCGAGCCCCACAUCUGCGGUACAUGGCCCGAGCGAUGCAUCGUCCGGCCCGAACGUGAGCUGGUUGGUCGUCGCCGCCGCCGGUGUCGCGCUCAUUGCGCUGAUUCUGGUCGUCGUCUGGUACCGUCGGCGGCAGGCCAACUGGGCCAAGGCCGACGAGUCGCCCAACGCGUCCUACAUGUUUUGCUGGACCGACAAGGCGCCGCCGAGAGCGCUGGACCUUCCCAAAACCAACAGUCUUGGCAGCGACGACGACGUGGUCGGCGGCCAGCUCAACAUGGGCGACCUCGUGCUGUGGCGUCUCGACGAAGCCAAGCUCGCGACAUCGCGCGUGCUGAGCGUUGGCGCCUACGGCGUUGUGUCGCUUGGAACGUACCAAGGGUUGCCCGUCGCCAUCAAGCAGCUUGCAGGCGAAAAGUCGACGGCCACCGUCCAGGCCUUUAUUGACGAGAUCCGGCUCAUGACCACGCUCGAGAGCCAGUACAUCGUGCGCUUGCUUGGCUGCGCGUGGGUGCGGCCGCGCGACAUCCAGCUUAUCGUCGAGUUCAUGGACCAAGGCGACCUCCGCCAGCUCCUCGCGGCGUCGCCGGCGCCCUCGUGGAGCGUCAAGGUGCAGCUGGCGCGCGACAUGGUCCAGGGCCUCGUCUACUUGCAUUCGAUGGACAUCAUCCACCGCGACAUCAAAUCCCGCAACGUGCUGCUUCACAACGAGGCGCACACGCUUCGCGCCAAGCUCACCGACUUUGGCAUCUCGCGCAUCGUCGACGUCGACAUGACUGCGCGGGUUGGGACGUUCCGAUGGACGGCGCCCGAAGUGCUCGAAGGCAGCGCGUACAGCCUCGCCGCCGACGUCUACUCGCUGGGAAUGGUGCUCUGGGAGCUCGAGACCCACGCGAUUCCUUUUGGCAACGUCCAGAACAACUGGAACGAGUACGAGUGGAUCGAGGCGCUCAAGGCCGGCAGCGUUCGACCCGAGUGCUCGCCCGCGUGUCCGCUGGCCGAUAUCAUCUAUCAGUGCACGCAGUAUACACCCAGUGCCCGCCCGACGGCCCUCGCCCUCGCCACGAUGCUUGCUAGCGUCGUGUCGCCCGAGGAGCCCUAG